ACGUGCCCGAAACAGGAUUCCCCUGUUUACAAAAGCAAGCUUUCCGACUCGGAAACCGACGAAUGGGAGGAGGAGCUCGGGGGAGGGGUAAGGGGUCAAUACUUCCAAGAUAAAAUGCACUCCUCUCCAGUCACCGGGUCAACCCAAGAGGAGAGAAGAUCGCAUAAGAAGACCCAAAAGCUGACUAUGGGACACAUUGCCAAGGGAAAGAAGGCUUUCGUCCAGAAGUAUGCUCAGUGCCACACAGUAGAGCAGGGGAGCAAGCACAAGGUGGCCCCCAACCUCUGGGGUCUGUUUGGAUGCAAGACUGGACAGGCAGAGGGCUACUCAUACACGAAUGCCAACAAGAGUAAAGGUAUUGUGUGGGGCGAGGACACCUUGUUGGAGAACCCCAAGAAGUACAUUCCUGGAACCAAAAUGAUCUUUGCUGGCAUCAAGAAGAAGGGAGAGCGCCAGGACCUCAUUGCAUACCUUAAAUCGGCAACAUCAUGAGCUAGUCAUAAAAAUCUGAAUAUUUAAUGCCAUUUUAUUUUUUAUUUUUUUGCCAUUUUAUUUGUCACAAAUAUUGCGUGAGCGUAAUGAAUUAAAACCAGGACCAUAGAAUAUUGUCAUUUGAAACACUUUAUUUUACACAAGCACUUGAAAUGUAUGCAAUCAGGCCUGAACCUAUAUGCACAUAACGUUCAAUGCAGCACAUACAGACAACGGGGAAAAAUCCUCCAGUAUGGAGUAUUAAGAACACGCGGUUCUAUCUUUGAUAUGAAUGGCCAGACCCGGACAGGCUACGCUCCCGAACUGAGAACUAAUUUUUCACCCAGGAUGCUAUAAAUAAACUGUAUUCAGGUCCUGCAUUAUGUGUUAGUGAACACAUCAUGUCAGUGCUCAAAACACAAGUCUGUCAAACUUAUUUGUGGAUACAUUUUUUAUGGUAACCCCAUUCUCAUGUUAUAUAGCCUGUUGCACUUAUGACCAUGCUUUGUUAGUAAUUAGUUAUGAGUUAUAUGUUAUGGUGUUUUGUCAUAUGUGGUCAUUUUAGUCCUGCAGUUAUAUAUUUGGCCACAAGAGGACACUCUUGUCUACAGAAUUGUAUGUCAAUGCAUUUUUUCCUUUACAAUUUUCUUAUGAAUGAAUGAAUGAAUAUGAAUGUAUAUUUUUGUUUUCCUUUUCCAUUGUAACUUUCAAUGUAAGCUUUUCCAAGUAGGCUCUUCCAUGUUCAUUUUCCAAUUUUAUUACAUAUGGUUUCCUUUUCCAUUUCUAUUGCCAUUUUAAAUGUAAUCUUUGCCAUAUUCCAUGUCACGUUUUUCAUUUAGACUUUUCAUUCAAAUGGCCAUUUCAGAAUUUACAUUUCUUAUUUAAUUGUCCAAUUUUACUUUUUAGUUUGCUUUUUUCUUUUUAAUAUUUAAAUAUGGAAUGAUUAUCCUUAAAAGUAGAGUCAAAUGAUUAUUUGUUUACCAUUUUCUCUUGCCUUUUUUUGUCAUUUUACCUUAGUGUUGUUAAUUCCAACAGGGGAUUUCAUCAGCUGUCAAAACACCUGCCUGCUAUGCAGUUUAAGUCAGUAAUGGUUUACCAUUCGGCAUUAUGGACAGUAUCAUUUAGGAACUAUAUAAUAAUACAUACUUUUGAUUCAUUCUAAAGUUGUAAAAGCUGGAGAGCCUUUUUGCCCAUACAGCAGGAUUGUGGUGCAAAACAUGGCUGCCACAGAUGGGAAAGAAAACAGAAAACCCUUCAGCAUUGAUGUUCCCAAACAUUCCUGAUGUAUUCAGAUGACCUUACUGGGAAUGCUCCCAUCAGCUCCUGUUUCAAGCUGGACGUUUGCCAUGGGAACCAGGCAAGAUCUAUUUUAAAUUCCUGAGAGCCCCUUUCAUAAACUGUCCAGAGUUUCAGCUUCUCUUAACGUCUGUCUGUCCAUCACUGAAUUUCUCCCUUGUCCAGCUCUUGUGUUAUAAAGAAAGUCAUUCUGUCAGAAGUGGACAUAUGAAGUGCCUUCAGGUGGUGCAAUGCGAUCUCCAGUGGAUUGUGGUUCAUGGUUUUGUACUGUAUGUUACCUUUUUUGUGGUCAUGAAUGGUAACCUCAAUUUAUUUGACCUUAUUCAUUUUAUUGUCUGUACUUCCUCUGUACUCACGUCCUUAUUCUCAUUUUAUCUGCCUUGUCUGGUUUUAUUUCUUUUUGUAAAGCACUUGCUAUGUAAAGUUUAUUAUUAUUAUAGUGGCCAUGGUGCAUGGUUCACAGAAACAGUAGCUGGGCAUUUCUGAACUACACAUAUCACAGGUAAAUAUAAUAAAUAUAAUAUACAUUAUAAAUUUGUAUCCUCAAACUUAACAAAUCACUACAUUUUAGAGGUGCCCACAAAUUACACAAUUAAUUCCUGUAAGGUAAUAUAAUUAAAUGAUUACAACCA